AUGGUGGUGAUGAGCUACCAAUCGACGACUGUUCAAACCCUCCACUUACUUGCACUGAUCUUUUCAUUCAUAAAUUCACUCUUCAUUUUGUCGAAUUGUCGAGUGACAAGAUAUCAUGUUCCUUUUACAUAUUGCGAAUUUUGGACUCAUGUUGCGGUGUUGGUGUUCUUGUAUUUAACACCAACUGUCCACUCCCCAAAUUUCUCAAUACCAUAUUACGUCAACUUUGUUGUGAAACACCCCGACGUUAUUUUAACAUGGUCAUUUUUGAUGGUGAUGAUGACUAUUAUAUCUUUGAUUCCACGACAAAACAUUUAUGUGAGUGUACAGCGAAAAUCAUUUCACUUUGUGGCUGGCGUCAUUUUCACUGUUGGAAUCAAGACUGAUGUAUUGGUACUGCAACAACUCUGCUCGUUCUUUUUAAUUGGAUUUUUAAUUGUCGACUUUGCGCGAGCGAAGUUCUUCCCAAGAAGUGCACUGAGCACGUUGUUUGAAAAGUUUGGAGACUCUCACCAAGACCCAAAGCUGUCAGCUGGGUUUCCUGCAUUUCUUCUCUUGUACGUCAACACCAUUCCGCUAUUCUUUUACCACACACGGUUCCACCAAAUUAUCGCCGCGUCGAUUAUUACAGUCGACGUCGGUGAUGCCUUUGCCGCUAUUUUUGGGAGUUAUUUUGGAAGAAAAUUCCCAAUAAAACGAUGUGGCAACAAAACCCUCAUUGGGACCGUUGCGUUUGUGUUCACCGCAUUCUGCUGUGCUAAGUUUACAAAUUGGUAUCUGAGACUUCUUGUGCCACAAUGGAGACUCUUCCUCUUCAGUGCGGCUUCAGGGCUAAUGGAACUCACAUGCGAGAACGACAACCUCAUCCUCCCGUUCUUUGGACUGUUGUUUGUGUGA